GAUAGUCGCGGUUACCACCGAAAGAAGUCCUCACUGCUACCAGUCUACCAUCACUGCUACCCUCGCAUGGAGGCGGACGGCGCCGCCGCCGCAGCGGCUACAAAGGGGAGGGAGGCGGAGAUCAUGGAGGCCCUCCGCGCCCGCGUCCCCUUCUUCAAGAAGCAGGCCGACUCCUUGACUCUUGAAGGUGUGAGGAGAACAUUGGAGAAGGACAUGGACUUGAAGAUAAAUUCACUUGAUCCUCAUAAAAAGUUCAUUAGGCAAUGUGUAGACAAGGUGUUUUCUGGUUGUGACAAUGAGAAUACUGAUAAUGCAUCAGAGAGGGCUGAAGCUAAAGUGGAUAACUUAUCAGAAGAUGCCCAACCAAUGUCGGUCUCAAACAAAAUCUCCUCCAGUCCUGAUGAGCAGGGGGCAAGAUCCAGUAAAACCAAUAAAGACCCGGAGGGGGUGAAAAAUCACAGUUCUGGUAGUGAUAUCACCGAAGCUAUGAUAAAGAAAGCUAUUGACAAAAGGGCUUCCUAUUUUAGAGAGAACUCAGACGUGUUUGAUUAUUCAGCAUGUAUUCACAAAAUGAAGCAAUGCAGAACUCUUACUCUACUAGGAGUUCGACGGACUUUAGAAGAAGACCUCAAACUUGAGAGGAAAGCUUUGGAUGCUUUUAAGGAUUUUAUUACGAAAGAGUUAGAUAGAGUUUUGCAAGAACCUGAAAAUGGAACAACGGAUCAUAGUAAACAGGAGGCUUGCAAGGAUGCUGGUCAGAAAACAAGUAAAGGCUCUAAAAGAGCUCGUCAAGACUUUGAUACCUCUGAACUAAAUAAUAGUCAUAGUGAGAAGGAAGACAGUGAUGAGGAUGUAAGGCCAAUAAAGAAGAAACAACAGGCAGCUCCAGCCCAUGGCAAACGAGUAGAACGUCUCAAGUCAGUAAUAAAAUCUUGUGGAAUGAGUGUGCCACCUUCUGUGUAUCGGAGGGCAAAGCAGGCGCCGGAGAGCAAGCGCGAGGCUUGUUUGAUAAAGGAGUUGGAGGAUAUGCUUGAAAAGGAAGGAUUGUCUUCACACCCUUCUGAGAAAGAAAUUAAAGCAGUGAGAAAAAGAAAGGAAAGAGCAAAGGAUCUUGAGGGCAUAGACAUGAGCAAUAUUAUUACGAGUUCUCGUAGGAGAAAUGCAUCUAGUUUUAUACCCCUGCCAGUGCCUAAAAUUGAAGCUGAUAGUGACAGCGAUGAUGAUGAUGAUGAUGAUGAUGAUGAUGAUGAUGAUGAUGAUGGUGAAGAGGAGAAUGUGGAGGGUGGAGAUAAAGGUGACGACGACGAUGCAGAAGCUGGAGAUGGAUCUGCUGAUGAUGCUGGAAACGGGAGCGAUUGACUCUUCUCGCGUUACUACAAGGUAGAAGGAAGUAGUUCUGGCCUUGGCUGGUUCGGGAUGAAGCCAGUUGUUCAGAAGUUACUUUCUGGCAUCUUAUUUAUGCUGCCGUUAAUAUGGUCACUACUAUAUUAUUGGCUGGUCUUAUUUAUAUUAGACUAAUACACCAGGCAAUCAAUUGCUGUAGUCCCUUAACGUAAUGUAUAAUAUCAGGCGUGUUAUCUUGGCAGCUGGCUCAGAUUCGUGUGUUCAUGGUAGUUUGAAAGCUACAUCAACAUUACGUUUGUUCGAUGUAUGUGUGACGUACCAGAAGUCGCAUCUUAUCGGUUUUGAGAAA